AAAACUUUCACUCCUGCUCCCUCUUAACUGUCUCACUUCCUCCCCAGAGGAAGGUUUGCAAAGAUAUGUGUAAAGCGAUGAUCUCUAGAUGCAAAGAGCUUGGCACACUGGGCACACUGCAGGUGGGUCUGUGGGAAACCUACUCUAGACUUGCAUCGGUUGCCAUGUGGGAGUUGGAACAAGGUUCCCAGGUUCGUCCCACCUCAGUAAACGCAGACUCCCAUGACCCAGAAACUGCUGAGCAAACACACAGUGGAAGAAGCCAAUGCUCUAUGAAAUGCAGUGGUUUAAAGGUCAGCCUUGGACUUAUCAGCUCUGAGUGACUGGCUCCCCCAGCGCCUCUCAGGGAGUUCUGUACUUGCAGGAUGGAAUAAGAAAAUGAGCCUUGCCACUCGGAAUGGGAUGUUAUUUCCUUUGCAUGGAGCUGUCAUUAUCAGCAGAAAAGCUGCGGGUCAGGGACUGGAAGAAGAUGGAUGGAGGUUUCCUGCAAAGAAAGCUCCUGAUUUUGACAUAACUGCAGAUCUACAGUCUCCCUUCCAUUGGCUGUUCUGUGUGGGUGCCAAGCUCUACAUGUGAUUUGAUGGAUCAGAAGGAGAUGUCAGUGAAAUAAAGGGUCCAGAAUGAUUACUAACCUAUGACUCCCAACAGUAUGACAGAAAAUGGCCUUCCAGCCUGGGACAAACCGAAGCACUGUCCAGACCGAGAACACGACUGGAAGCUAGUAGGAAUGUCUGGAGCCUGCCUACGCAGGAAGAGCCAUGCAGAGAGGCACAAUCCACUGAAAAAUGAACAGUCGCCACAUCUCAUCCAAGCCACUUGGACCAGCUCGAUAUUCCAUCUGGACCAUGAUGAUCUGAAUGAUCAAGGUGUCCCAGGUGCCCAGACCUUCCAAACAGAAGAGAAGAAAUGUAAAGGGUACAUCCCCAGUUACUUAGACAAGGACGAGCUAUGUGUAGUGUGUGGUGACAAGGCCACCGGGUAUCACUACCGCUGCAUCACCUGUGAAGGCUGCAAGGGUUUCUUUAGAAGAACCAUUCAGAAAAAUCUUCAUCCAUCUUAUUCCUGUAAAUAUGAAGGAAAAUGUGUCAUAGACAAAGUCACACGAAAUCAGUGCCAGGAGUGUCGCUUUAAAAAGUGCAUCUAUGUUGGCAUGGCAACAGAUUUGGUACUGGAUGACAGCAAGCGACUGGCAAAGAGGAAACUAAUAGAGGAGAAUCGAGAAAAGAGACGGAGGGAAGAGCUGCAGAAAUCCAUCGGGCAUAAGCCAGAGCCCACAGACGAAGAGUGGGAGCUCAUCAAAACUGUCACAGAAGCCCACGUGGCCACCAAUGCCCAAGGCAGCCACUGGAAGCAGAAGCGGAAAUUCCUGCCAGAAGAUAUUGGACAAGCACCCAUCGUAAAUGCCCCAGAAGGCGGGAAAGUUGACUUGGAAGCCUUCAGCCAUUUUACAAAAAUCAUCACACCAGCAAUUACCAGAGUGGUGGAUUUUGCCAAAAAGUUGCCUAUGUUUUGUGAGCUGCCAUGUGAAGAUCAGAUCAUCCUCCUCAAAGGCUGCUGCAUGGAGAUCAUGUCCCUUCGUGCUGCUGUGCGCUAUGAUCCAGAAAGUGAGACUUUAACCCUGAAUGGGGAAAUGGCAGUGACACGGGGCCAGCUGAAAAAUGGGGGUCUUGGGGUCGUGUCAGAUGCCAUAUUUGACCUGGGCAUGUCUCUAUCAUCAUUCAACCUGGAUGACACUGAAGUUGCUCUCCUUCAGGCCGUCCUGUUAAUGUCUUCAGACCGCCCAGGGCUCGCCUGUGUUGAGAGAAUAGAAAAAUACCAAGAUAGUUUCCUGCUGGCUUUUGAACACUAUAUUAAUUAUCGGAAACACCAUGUAACACACUUUUGGCCAAAGCUCCUGAUGAAGGUGACAGACCUGCGGAUGAUUGGAGCCUGCCAUGCCAGCCGCUUCCUACACAUGAAGGUGGAGUGCCCAACAGAACUCUUCCCUCCUUUGUUCCUGGAAGUAUUCGAGGAUUAGACACACCCAACUGAUUCUCACAGUUCCUACCACAUUGUUGGGCGCCAUUUCAUUCCAUUGCCUCACUCUUCUCUGUUCUUUUGUUUCUUUGUGUUGUGAGGGGUUGUUUGAUUGGGGUUGGGAGAUGAGGGGACAUCAUGAUGAAGUCAUCCUGGGCACAGACAGAGGUGAAAUUGCCCCUUGAAUGCAAGUACUUUUAACUGUUGCAUUUGUUCGUUCUCCAGUCCUUUUGAUGUGAAUGCUUUGAAAGUUGUUGAGGUGGAGUGGGGACAAUCAUUUAUUCACCAGCACCAAGUCAUCACCAGCUCCCAUCUGUCCCUGGUCAGAGACUCAAGUACGCAUAAUGGAAAGGCAGAAGAUGGAAGAAGCCUUAAAACUGAGAUGAUAUAGUCCUCUUGAUCCAUUCCUGAUGUUUCACAGGGUGAGAGGUGGCUUUUAGCAUUUUAGAAAAAGGUCUGAACACAUUUUUACCUAAAAAAUAUGCUGUAUUCAGCACAUUAUAUUCUCUCAUACAUAGCAUGGAAUGUACAGAAAUAUUUUUCCCAGAAACUAAGAUGUCUCUUCACUGUCAUUUUUGUAAUCCUCUGAUUUAAUUCGAGUUACCCAAUAGUAUGACUCAAAGACAUGCAGGUUUUUGACUGACUUAAAGCCAAACAGGAGAAAGAUUUUUCUUCAGUGAGCCCCCAAGAAAUUAGAACUCUUCAACAAUGUCAAUGACUCAACAGUUUCCCACAGUUCACAUAGUAUUACUCCAUAGUAGGAAGUCUUCUUCCAACUUAAGCUCAGAGAAAAGUUUCACAGAAAUCAAACCUAUUUACAGAGGGUUGUCACUUUUUAAUGACAUCUGCUCCAUCACCUCCCAAGUUUCCUGAAGUUAUUUAUUCUGAUUGCAUCUCUGUUGAGCUGACAGAUUUCCCCAUGGAUUAAAUCUUCUAAUCAUGGAGAGAACAAGCUUUAAUUUGAGUCUUAUUCUGGAGGUAAGACUAGUGCCAUUACAUUUCUAGUUGAAGGAAGUCCCAUUUUUCAAGGGCCCUUUUCAUAUACUGGCUUAAAGAUGCUCCCUUCUUAGAUUCUAAAGCUCACAAAGAUUGCCUCUUUUCCCUUUUCCUCUAUGUCUAAGGCUCAGCUCGCACUAAACAAAGACUGAUCUGGCUGCUGACCCAUUCUAGCAUCCCCCAGGCAGAUAUUCCAGAGAAUAUACCAGCAGACAGUAUACACAAAUCCUCACUCACCUACCUUCCUUACCUGACCGAGCUUUCCCAGUGGCAAACUCUAGAACAGCUUGUGCACAGAAAACCAAUGGUGAGACCUCAUUGCUUCAAUGCCAGGAAAUUGGCAAAGAAUGUACCCAUGCAACUGAAUGUAUCUUGUUCCUCACUGGCAUAGUAGUCAUAAAUUAUUCCUUUGCCUGCCUUGUACUGCCUUACCCUGGAAAUAUUGGGGAAAAUAAGCCAUAUUGGUAGGAUUUACCUAAAAUACAAAGGAAUGAAAUACACCAUUAAGACCAAGUGAACUAAU